GUAGUAGUAGUGGUGGUAGUAAAGGUACAGUGUUUUAUGUUUUACAUCAAAAUGAUUCUCAUUGCAUUGAGGAAAAAAUUGUUGUUAAACAUAUGAGACAUAAAAAAGAAAGCAGAACAAUCAUAAUGAUAAUGCAUCGUCUGAAUUAUUCAUACAACUUACAAUAUAUAGUUAAUCUAUAGGAAAUAAAAGAAAGAAAAAAGGGGGAAGGGUUUUUUCCCUUAUGAAAAUGAAAACUAUCUAUAUGCAUAUGUACAAUACCGGUGAAUUAUGUUUUUACUUCUUUUUUUUUUUUCAAAAAAAUAAAGAUUUCACCUUAGUUUCAAUGUUUAUUGGACAAUUGACUAGUUUUGUUUUGUUUUUUUUCUGUUGCUGCUUAGUUACUGUCUAUAAAGAUUAAAAAAAAAAAGAAAGCAAAAGAAAAGAAGAAAAGAAAAAAAAUUUAUAAUCAUAUACCAAAUUCAGUUCAUUUACAAACUAAUCUGCGUAUGGAGAAAAAAAUUUUUGAAAAGAAAAAAUUAAUUAAAGAAUAAAGAAAUUCAAUGGAAUAGUGUUGUAAUGAUAUUUGAGAAACUUCAAAAUAUUGAACAAUUGAAAUCAUUGAACAUUGAACAAUUGAAUUCAUUGAAUGUUGAACUAUUGAACUUAUUGAACAUUGAACAAUUGAAUUCAUUGAAUGUUGAACUAUUGAACUUAUUGAACAUUGAACAUUUGAACUUAUUGAACAUUGAACAAUUGAAUUCAUUGAAUAUCACAUUAUUUAAUUUAAUUCUUUUCAUGUUUUGUAUAAAAUUUAAAAUAAACCAUCAUAAAUUAUCAUUAAAUGAAAUUGAUAAAAAUGAAAAAUUGAAUUUUAAAAAAAAAUUAAAAAAAUUAUUACAUCAUCAUAAAUUCUUACGUUAUACUAUAGAAGAAGAUCAAUUUCGUGAUGAACAUUUAAUAGAAAUUGAUUCAAAUUCAAAAUGUAUUAAAUCAAAUGAAUCCAUUGCAAAUCAUAAUCAUUCUAUUCUAUCACAACAAUUAACCUUAUUACAUCAUAAUCAAUUAUCGAAUUCAUUGAAUAAUAAUAAUAAUAAUAAUAGUUUACCAAUUAAAUUAUCCAAUAAUUUAGAUCUAAAUCAAUCCAAUGAAAAACACUACCAUCACAGUCACCACCACUACCAACAACAACAACCAUCAUUACCAUUCACUGUAUGGUUCAUCAAAGUUGCAAAGAAGUUUCUUCAUUGGAAAAAUACUUUCAUUCAUAUUAAUUUAUUAAAACAAUCUAAUUAUUCACAUAUUAUAAAUGAUAACCCUAUUGAAGACUAUCAGAAUACAAUCCAUUUGAAUAGAAUUGAAAAUGAUAAUUUAAACAAAAUAACAAUUCAGAAAAAGCUAAAUGAUAAAGGAACUUUUGGAUUAAAUAUACAACAUAUUAAACAAAAAGCUAAUAGUUUAAAAGAACAAGGUAGAAAAGCUAAAGUCUAUCAUGGUUAUCCUAUUUGGACGGAUACUAAAAGUGUUAUACAACAAUUUUCAAACAGAAUAUCAUCAAAUUCCACUACUCAUUAUCAUUUAUCACCAUAUAGACAAUGUGAUUCACAAAGUGAUUUAUUUGAUCCAAUUUAUUCAGCAAUUCAAUAUCCUUUGAAAGAUACAUUACAAUCAACACAUUCAUCAUUAUGGGAUCAUUCAUCAGUGUCAGUUCAUCAACCAUAUGCGAAAGAUCGUCUUCUAGUUAGAAAUAUUUGGACAAGUCAGGAUUCAGUUGUCUCCGAUGCACAUGUCUAUUGUGAAUUAAUUGAAUUGAAAUCCAAUAAAACUCACUAUCCAACUAACAAGAAAUUGGAUUCUAGACCAUUUUAUAAAGAUUAUUCGUCUUGUAGUUUACGCUCAUAUGAAAAUCAAUGUUUUCAAGAUGUUAUCUCAGAUAAAUGUUCAAAUGAACAACCGCCAAAAUUACCACAUCGAAAUUAUGGAGAAAGUACUUUGAAUAUGGUUGCUAAUUUACGUUUAUGGGCAACAAGAAAUAAACAAAAAUUUUUAAAAAAUUUACAUAAAAUCAAUAAAUUACAUAAACAUGUUUAUUCUAUGUCAGAUAUGACAUGGAGAUUAAAUAAGAAACGAAAUAUUUAUGAUUUACCUUUAUAUAAAACAAAAACUUAUACAGAACAAUCAUCAUUAAGAACAUCAUAUCGGUAUCAUAAACACAAUAAUUUGGGGAGUAGAAAUUCUGUAGAAAAACCUAAAGAUUACGAUGAAUUAACUAACCGAAAUACAAGAUCAACUUUUUCUGAAACUGAUAUCGUCUCACUGGAGAAUCUUAAUUCACUUAAUAUUUGGGGUUCACAACAACGGAAGGAUCCGAUAAUUUCAACUUGCCAUUCUAAUGAAGCUUUUUCUUUGGAAGCAAAUAUACAAUUAACAAAACAUUCGACCAACUUCAAUGAUAGAUGCAGUAAUCUUAGACAUAUCGAUAGUGAAUUUGAUAUUACAGAAUUAUCCCCCAUUUAUAGAAGAAACAAAUCUCCAAGAAGUAAACAAUUAAAAAUGAAUCAUUCAUUAUAUCCAUAUUUGACAUCCACAUCAUUCACACCAUUAUAUCAUAUUUACAUUCCAAAUCAACGUAAACAAUCUAAAGAGAAUUUCCAUUCAUAUACAAGUGAUGUUCGUUCGCAAUGUAAUAAAGUGAAUGAUCAAAAUAAUACAAUUCAUUCUUAUCUAUCUAAUCUAAUGUUAUCUGAAGAAAUUCCCUGUUGCACUUCUUCUCCUCCUCCUACUCCUUAUUUAUGUAUGCCACCAUUAAUGGAACGUUCUAUGGAAGAUGAUGAAUAUCAUUUAUGCAAAUGAUUGUAAAACAUUCAAAUUACGGUUUUUUGUAUAUUUCUUUUUCGAUACAAUAUGUAUCACCAUUUACAAUUCAGGUUAUUUAUAAAUUGUAUAUAGAUUACUUAGUUACUUACUUACGCCUGCUACUCCCGAUGGAACAUAGGACGCCAACCAGCAUUCUCCAACCCAUUCUGUCCUGAGCCUUCAUUCAUAGUUCUAUUUAAUUUUUUUUUCAAAUUGUAUAUAGAUAAUACACAAUAAUUAUCGAACUACUUAUUUCACUACAUAAACUUUGGUACAAAGAGGUACUGAAUAUAUAUUCGGCAAAGAAAUCAUUCGAUUUGUGUGAGGGUUGCGAUACUGACCGAGCAGUUAGCAACGCAAGGUGUUCAGAGGUUAACUACUGACAUUUUCUGAAUAUAAAGUUACAUUUUAGGACUUCUGAUUUUGAAGACCUCUAGGAUUUAAGUUCCUUAGUGCUAUUCAUGAAAUGAAUCCCUUAACAUCUAUAAUUGCUGAGUAGUGUUGGGGGUGAUUGGAAGAAAGUUAGGGGCGGCCA